AUGCAGCACUACCUGCCCAAGCUGCAGGACGCAGCAGGUGUCAACAGAGGCGGCAAACGGAGCACCUGCAGCGGACGGUCGUCAUGUCUCUCCCGGCGCAGCUGCAGCUCGGUGCUCAGACGACCAAUGAGCUGCGAGAGCUGCUGGAAAACGAAGAAAAAAUAACCCAAAUCGUCCGAGGCAGCGAGAAGUUUCAGAGGCUGCAUCAGGCUGCUGAGAAUAUGCUAAUUUCAAAUCAAAACCUGGCAAAAGUCAGUAUCUCCCAAAAACCUACAUUUAGUGAUACAAAGAUGCUACUUGCAAUGAAGUACAAAGAAGUGGAAAAACUUAGAAGCAUUACUCAAGCCAAACAAGAGCAACUUGCCGAAAAAAAUACCAUUCAUCAUGCUCAACAUUGCCUCCAGCAGAGAAUCAAUCAUUCAGAAGAGGAGUUUGAGCUGCUAUUCCAGAUGUUUGCAGAAGGAAAGACUACAUUGGCAGAUUUUUUGGACUCCUUUCUCAGCUCUCGGAAGCUCCAUCACAUCAGGUUGGUCCUGGUGAAUAAGCUCCAGGAGAUAACCAGAGAUGAAGAAACAACAACUCUCAGUGAGGCUUUUCCUGAAUAUUUCUCCAUGGGCUUUCCUGAUCAGAUCCAUCCAGUCUGCAGUCUGACCACAGCUGUAGUCUUACCCACUUUCUUCCACCCUCCAUUUCUACUGCCACUUGGUGGUCACAUAAAUGCUGCGCUGUGUCUCCAGCACACACCGUUUUGGUCUGACGAUGAUGAAUCUCUGCACAUAAGACGAAGUCACAGAUGGUCAGCAAGACCUGUUCGCCUUCAGCCGCUGAAGGAGCAGAGGAGACAUCAACAGCAGUGAAACCUGAACCAAAAUACUAAUAAGCAAAGAAUUUUUGAGCGGAAAAAUAUAUUUAAUUAUCUCAGUGUCAUUGUAGACUCAAAAGUGUCAUUCAAAACAUAUCCUGAAUUGUUUAAUUAGUUAUCGCCAAGAAAACAACCUUCAAAAUUAAAGGUCAUAUUCUGCCUUUUUGUUGAGCUCUUUCCCCUUUUCUUCACUGUGGUUUAUUCUUGUUUGCGCAUGUAGAAUCUGUAAAGUGAAAAGAUCACAGUCUGAAGAGAGUUAUUCUCACCUAAAGAACACUGUUUUUUUCUUUAUUUUUGUCCUUCCUUUCUUCCUUUACUUAAGAACAUCCGCAUAAAGCACAUUUCGUACCUUCUGCCAUUUUAGAUCAAUCGGCUGACUAAAUAAAAACAGACUUUUUGGACAUGUGGCACUUAAAGAGACAGAAGGAGACAAAUGGUGCUUAAGCAAUGAACAAUGUGACAAAAGCAAGUGUUGUUUGAACAUUGAAUCAUCUAAACCUGUGUUAGCAGAACCAUGAGAAUCAAAUUAUUGAGCUAUGUGUGCAUAUUAUGGAACUAUUGCAACAUCAUGUGUAGCUGAAAUGUUAUCUAAGCAGUAUACAGUAAAGGCAGGCAAUAAAAAAAAUGGCUUUCAGCCACUUGUUUUGACUGUGUGACUCACUUUAAGCAAAAAUAAAAAGAGUGUGUAAUCA